UUGGUUGUUUGGUAUCACUUCCAUUUUCAGUUUUCUACACAGAGAGAAAAGGAGAUGGGGAUGACGAUCGUGGAGCCAAAUACCUGCAUUCGAGGCUGCUGCCGGAGUGAAUCAAUUCCUCUGCAUCUACCCCCAUCUGCUUAUUCUAUCUCAUCUCCAAUUGCUCGAGGAGCAGAGAGCGUCGUCUACGCCGGCACUUUGGACGGUAAGAAGGUUGCUGUUAAAAAACCAAUCUUGUCUACCUCAGAAGACAUAGAUAAGUUCCACAAAGAAUUGCAGAUGCUAUGCAAGCUAGAGCAUAGAGGAUUAGCCACAUUGAUCGCCGCACAUGCCAAACCACCAAAUUACAUGUAUUUCUUUCAAUUGUAUGAAUCCGGCAAUCUGGCUGAUAAACUUCAUGUUGAAGAAUGGACUCCAACUGUACCUCAGGUGCUUACCAUGGCAAUCCACUUAGGAAGAACAAUUCAAUACCUACAUAACAAUGGGAUUUUGCAUAGAGAUGUGAAACCAGCAAAUAUUCUUCUUGACAAACUCCUCCAUCCUUACCUGACAGACUUUGGUCUGGCUGAGUAUAAGACAGGAAUUAAAGAAGUUUCUGUUGAUAACUGGAAAUCGAUUGGCAAACCUACGGGUGGUUUCCAUAAAAAGAAUAUGGUGGGCACUCUUAUUUAUAUGGCUCCUGAAGUAUUAAAGAAACAAGUACACACUGAAAAGUCCGAUGUAUACAGCUUUGGUAUCACAAUCAAUGAGUUGCUUACUGGUGUUGUCCCAUAUACUAAUCUCCGAGCUGAAGCGCAGGCUCAUACUGUGCUUGAAAUGAAUUACACCGAGCAGCAACUGACAGGAGCUGUUGCUUCUGAAGGACUACGCCCUUUACUUGCUGAACUUAACUCAAAUGUUCCUGCAACUUUGUUGUCAUUGAUAGAGAGGUGUUGGGAUCCAAAGCCCCAAACUAGACCUUCUUUUGAUGUCAUAGUUAGUGAACUUGACCAGAUUAUAAACGGAUUGGAAGAAGAGGGGGAAUUUUAUGAAUCUUCUAGUUUGGCAGAUUGCAACAGCACUAACAGUCUUGUUUAUGAAGAAAGUGUUAAUUGGUUGAGUCUGGGUGAAGAAAUCUUCCAGAGGUCUCAACUUGAAGAAGAUGGAAAUUGGGUUAAUCAUCCAGUAAGUGAAUCACCUUUGGCAUACCGUCCAGUUUUGUCUUGGGGAUCCUUUGCCACUUGUGGUAGAAGGGAGACAAUGGAGGAUACCCACUUUCUAAUGCCCCAAGUGGAUGUUCAAGUAUUUGGAAUCUUUGAUGGUCAUCGAGGUGCUGCAGCGGCAGAGUUUUCUGUUCGAGCUAUACCAAAAUUUAUUUCGACCUUUUGUCAAAAGAAAAGACCAUCUGAUGCAUUAGUGGAAGCGUUCAUCCAAACAGACUCUGAGUUCAGGAAUGAACUAGAGGUGCGUCGCCGGUCCAAGGGAGUUCAGAAAGACUGGCAUCCGGGAUGCACAGCCAUUGUUGCACUGAUUGUUGGAAACAAGCUUUUUGUUGCCAAUGCGGGUGACUGCAGAGCAAUUUUAUCUCGCUCUGGCUGUCCAUAUCCUCUAAGUAAGGAUCAUUUGGCAAGUUGUGAUGAGGAGAGAAAUCGAGUUAUCUUGGCUGGUGAAGAUGUGAAAUGGCAAGUUGAUACGUGGAGGGUUGGUUUGGCUGCUCUUCAGGUUACUCGUUCGAUUGGCGAUGAUGAUCUAAAACCGGCUGUAACAGCUGAACCAGAAGUAACUGAGACGACGAUAUCUGAGAAUGAUGAAUACCUGGUAAUGGCUAGCGACGGCCUUUGGGAUGUGAUGAGCGGUGAAGACAUUGUGAGCAUAAUCAAGGACACCGUUAAAGAACCUGGGAUGUGCUCAAAAAGAUUAGCAACUGAAGCUGCUGAACGCGGAAGCAAAGAUAAUAUUACAGUUAUUGUUGUUUUCCUGCGACCUGUAUCAACCGCUGAAAGAAUUUACUAGGGUUUGAGAAGAUUUAAAUUGAAUUUAGUAUGAUCUUUAAAUGAAAUGUGAACUCUGUCUUUAUAAGAUAUUGGAUUGAGUAAUAUAUUGAUUGAUUUAUAAGUUGAAA